UUUAUGAUACAUGUCAAAACAUUGUCGGAAAAUUGUUAGUAUUUUUUGCACAGUCGAGUGAAACUUUUGAGGAAAAAUAAAAAUGGGCGACCCCAAUUUAGUAACGACCUAUAAUUUUCACGGACAAGAAUUUCUCUUUAAAAUGAACGUUUUGCAUAACAAUUUGGAAAUUUUGGUUACUGAUAAAAAUACAGGAGAGGAAUGGCAAUGUAGCUACGACGCUACAUAUGUAGAAAAUUUAACACAAAAAACAGGAAACUUUAAGCAGUUCGAUAUUUUCGUGGCUAUGUUGAAGUCCGGAUUACUUAGAACCAGUGAAAGUGUGAGUUUAGAUUUGCUGACUUUCGAGGACUUGGAACUACUCAGAUCAAGGAAAAUCACAAAAUCCGUGGCUCCUAUUAAUAACAACAAGAGAUAUCUUAUUCUCACUUAUGUAGUUGAAUUUGAUAAAAUCAGGUAUCCACUACCUCUUGAAUAUUGUGGACCACCUGAUCCUGUAAUCCUACAAGGAACUAUCAGACGACUCGAAGUGGAAUUAGCUAAAACUAAAGAACAAUUAGCACUGAAAAAUAAUAACAACGAAUCUAGAAAGAUUUAUUUUCUACAGCAACGUAUCGAUGAAUUAAUAGAAGAAAAUAGCCAGUUGCAAGAGGAGAUUAACAAUCUAUCCAAAUGUUUAGGAAAAAGGCCAAAAAAUCAAAUAUUAUCGUUACAAAAGGCUGUAAGCAAUUUAGAAAAAAGCGUGGUUUUAGAAAGGAGUUCUCACCACGAGUUAGUUCAGAAAUUACAACAAGAUAAAAUGCAAUUGGCCAAACAACUGGAAAUUGUAAAAGAUUCAGAAAGAUCGUUAAAAACGAAAUUGAAUAAAGCUCUAAGUCAGACUUCAAGAAUUGGUGUGGGUGACCAUCUCAAAAAAAUACCACAAAAAAAAUCGUCAAGCGAAAGCAUUAGGACGAUGUUCAAAAGAAGCCCAAGCCCGGGUUAUUCCGAAGGCCACCCUAUAUAUAACGAUAGUUCUAGAGAAAGCAUCCGGCUCAAGAAGAGACAAUCGGGUAUUAACAGGGUAAGAAGUCGAAAAAGUGUUAGACAUAAUAUCACAAGCAGGAGUAGUUCAGCCAGUAGUGCCAACAAAUACUUGGACACCGAGACGGAAAUGCUUGGCAGCGUUGUCAAUUCACCUAUUUACACUCCAAAAAGAAAUCGAAGUCGAAAUUUGAAGUCGAGAGGUUGUUCAGGAAAUAGUUCUAGAGCGAAUUCCAGACAUCGAGGACCCAAAACCAAACAGGAACAGACCCUAGAUUAUCAGCGAUUAGAAGAAAAAAUCGAAAGUUUACAAAAAAUGCUUAAAAAUGGGCUAAAAGAAAACUAGAACAUUUUUUGUUUAUUUUAUACAUGUUUUUUUUAAGAAAGAUACAACAGUAUACAGAAAUAGCUUUAUAUUUAAAAAAAAAUAUAUUAAUAAAAUAUAGAUCUAUAAAUAUAAUAAUAUACAGUCAGUAUGUCAUUUCAAAGUAAAAUGUUUUCAAAAAAUAGAAAUAAAUGUGUUCAUAGUAAAACUAAAUCGUGUUAUGAUUAUUUUUCACUAUCUUCACUAGAUUAAAUAUGUAUCUAUUAGCUGUACAUCUAAAUAUAAUUCAUGCUUAGCAUUAUUUAUGUAAUUAAUACGGAAUAUAAAUAAAUAUAUCAAUUUAUCUAACGAAAUAAAUAUUUUAACAGUUAAUUUAAAAAAAAAAUCAUGUAUGUAAUAUCGCUUCAUAAUUUAUAGUCUACUCUGGACGGAAUGUAAAUUAUUUAAAGACCCUUCUACACAUAACGUUUCACCUGUCAGGUAAGAUAAAUUAAAAUCUGCGGUUUUAUAAAUUAUAGCAUUGUAUUUAGUGAAGUUGUAAAGAAAAAAUAUCUCUAUACUAUAUAAAAUGUAAAAUUACAUUUCGUCAGUGAAACAAGAUAACCUGCUAACUCAAUUUUUGAUAUUAAGUAAAUAAUACGUUUGAUACAUCAUUUUGCAUAAACUUUUUAACGAAAUAUUUAAUUUUAAUGUUCACCAAAAAUAUUAUUGUUAUCUUAUAUUAUCAUAUUAUUAUCAUAUUAGGCAGUUUUGAAUUGGUGUGGUUAAGUUUUGUUGCUUACAAAUUACAAUUCCGGUUAACGCUAAUUGACAACUUUGACAUUUCAAUUUCGAUUAUCGUAUAACGUAACCGCUAACUGCCGAUAUUUUAGGGACGUCAGCCAAAGCCGUUAACAUAGCGGUACGCAUGCGCACUAGCGCAGUAGAACACACUAUUGAGAAAUACAGAUCUAACCUAAGCUCAUUCUAUUUUGUUUAUGUUUUGAUUAUUUAAUAUAAAAAUGGGUUCAAAUAGUGUGCUAAAAAACUUUAAAAGAAAUAGAGUUCGGUUUAUAGAAGAAGACGAUCAGAUUUUACUAACUGAAAUAUUGGCUAACAAUCCUUAUGAAGAUACUUCCAAAUAGAAUGUGGUGGUUUCGAAUUUUUCAGAAGCUACUGGAAAAGAGGUUUCAGUUAGGGGAGUAAGGGAACAUGUUAAGGCUUGGUAUUUUACACAGUGGUGUCUCUUAUGGCCUGAAUAAUAUGCUUCUUGGUUUUGUGAAGGUCUGCAUAUUCCUCUAGUAGUGCCAUUAAUAAAGGCCCAACAGUUAUGGAUGGGGGAACCCUUCUGCUGUACUGCAUUGGCAUACAUCCUAAAUCUUUCCAAAUUUAACCAUGGCACAUUCUGCAAAUUUGAGAGAAAAUUCCCGAAGUUCUCAUAUACGUGAAUCAUAUAAAAUCAACUAUUUUUGAUAAGGCGGUCACUGAUCGUCCAAAGACAGGUUCUAAAUCAAGAAGCCUGUUGGGAUAGCUUAGCCUUUUGAGUAAGAUACACAGUCCAUCUUGCCCGGAAACUUUAUGUUGACUAUCUGUGUUAAACUCGCUGGGAAUUCUUAGUUCUUCAACUAAUCGAGGAAUUACUUUUUUUUCAAAGCGGAAAUUAGCUUUGCACACUUGGUCAGAUAAUAUUUCUAGGUUGAACUCCCCAUAAAGUUCUGCUUGAUAUUGGAUGUUGUUUUCAAAUCCUUCCAACAGCAUAGCAUCCUCCAAAUACGAUUCAUCACUAGAGUCCAAUAAAAUUAAAUUGUCCAUUCUAUAUAGCGAUCCCAAUAAAGUCAUAUAAAGCACUUUCAAAUCAAACAACAAUACAAAAACCAAAAAUUAAAACACUACGCUAUGGGCUGUGCUCUCAGUCAGCUGUCAGUUUUCGGUUAUCGUAUCCAUGAACCGAUGAACCGAAAGUCCGAAAAAUUUUUUAUAACUGUCAAAAUAGCGAUUAUGGUUACGUAUCCGUGAACCGUACCGUUGAAUUUUUUUAAAGCAACGAAAACUCCCUAUAACGCGUGAAUAUACUUGCUACAUGUGUACAUAUAUUUUUUUGUACCGUUUAUUUUCUCUCCUCUAAAAUUAGGAAUAAUGGAGUUAGCAGUUUAUCGCAGUUCACCGACGAUUUGUUUUGUAAAACUAUGCGAAAAGAGAAGAUUUUAAAGUAGCUUAUUAAAGGUGCCAUAAUAUACCGAUCUGGUCAUCGAAACUGCGUGGUCUGGAUUUUAAUGUGUAAUACAGUGAUGUAGACAGUGUAAUGGAAACUCAAAUGUAUUAAAAAGAGAUAAAAGUUGGAUUGAUAUAUUUCUAAGCGGUACUGCCGGAUUUUGCAUCACAAUUUCAAACCGCACAAGUAGGCCUUUAUGAAAAAUGUUGCAUCUACGGUUGGAAAUUUGUUUUUCACAAUUAGUUAGUCAUUUUACUACAGCUGUAAUAGAUUAUAUUUAGCUUAGAUAUAUUAUCUUCAUUUCAGUAGUAUACAUAAAAGUUUUUAAAAUAGUUUAUUUUUUCUACACACGUUUUUCUACAAAUGUAAAAACCGGCAACAUUGUAUGCCGCUUUCUAUUUUGUCUCCCUGUCUGUUAACCGGUCAUGUAUGAUUAUCUCUGUCGCAUGCAUUAAAA